AUGAACUUCAGUUCCACUCAGCUCACAAGUUAUUUCCAGCAUCAAGGUUUGGUAAGCCCACCUCCCGGAAGACCUACAAAAUUUACUCUGGAGCGCCUCCCGAGUUUACGAAAUGGAACGCCCAUCCGUUCAAUUUUGGCAUUCGGUUUUGUGGUGAAACCAUGCCCAUAA